AUGGCACCGAGAAUGGAGAUAAUUAUCAUCGGCGGCUCGUGUGCUGGCCUGAUGCAUGCUGUCGUGCUCAAAUCACUGGGUCACAACGUCCGCGUUUUGGAAGCGCGGUCAUCUGAGCAGAUCAAAGCAAGAGCCGCAGGACUGAGUCUAGGGCCAUAUGCGCAGCGUCUAUUCACCACGUGGAUUCCUGACGUCGAUCUCAAUUCAUUCGCGAUCCGGAAUCCAGGAGCACAAUACUUGGACGCCGAUGGAAACCUCCUGAGCGAGAAGCCGACUAACGCCAACGUGACUACUUCGACCUGGGGUGUCGUGACCAGUUUGCUAAGACAAGCUUGUGAAAGAAGGAUUGACGGCCACGGGCAUUGUUCGUAUGAGACCGAGAAGCGAGUUUGUAAGAUAGCAGAAGAACAAGGGCAGAUGGUAGUCAUGUGUAAAGACAACGAUGGUGCAGAAGAAAUAGCCAUAGCGGAUAUCGUCAUCGCAGCCGAUGGUGCGCGGUCGUUUGCACGAAGCCAGGUACUGCCUGAGAUUGAACCUAUAUACGCUGGGUACUUCGCAUGGCGAGGUCAACUCCCAGCGAGUCAGACGCCACCUGAGCUCAGUGGUGCUCUGGAUGGUAAACUGGUCCACCACAUGCUGAAGGGCAGCUAUAUUCUAGUAUAUGCCGCACCCAGCGAAACAGGGAAUACGCAGCGUAGUGACCGGGUCCUCGAAUACUGCUGGUAUGACCCCUGCGACGGGUUGUCUGACGAGUUCGACGACAUCAUGACAGAUUGUACGGGCUGGCGACACUACCAAACCGUACCACAGGAUCUCCUCCGUCAUGAAGUUUGGAAGGCUCAUCUGAACCGCCGAAAAGAUGUACUGCCGCCGCUCUGGACUUCGCUUCUUUCACAAGCUAGUCAGCCGUUAGUCACUGCUAUCCAAGACUUCGAUAACGCCAAAGCGUCCUUUUUUGGUGGAAAGUUGUUGAUGGUAGGCGAGGCACUGAGACAGAUUCGGCCACACUUGGGAGCGAGUUGCGAUAUCGCUGCUAUGGAAGCGUUGACCUUGGGCGAGAUGAUACAGGGGGAAAUGGAUAUAGCCAAGUGGGAAAAAGACGUUGUCGACUACGCUAAUGGAAAGGCGGUUAUGAGUAAAGCAGUGGGAACUUUUGGCAUGACAGGAAAAUGGCCAGAGGGCUAUGUGCACACUUACUUGAAGCAGCCUAGUGCUUGA